AACAGUGCAUGGUUUUAAUAUGAAAUAGACGGAGAUCCGAUCACCGAAGAGGUUUUGAGAAGUUGGUGGAUGACUUCUGAUCGACGACAGAAAGCAACAUGCAGGGACAAGUCUCACCCAGCUCUGACGCUGGCGAUAACAUUCUGAGACAGCAAGGUUCUGGAGGGCUCUGGGACUCUGUCAAGAAGGCAGCCUUCGUCAUUGGGUCAGGGAUCUUCUUCCUGGCUGCAUUCCUGAAUUCUGUCACAUGGCACCUGCAAAGAUUCUGGGGCGCAUCGGGAGACUUUUGGCAGACCCAGUGGACUAAGAUACAUUAUCUUUUCGGUGGGAACGAAUGGGCUCUGUUCUUCGUGGGGACGAUGAUCGUGCCCACCGCGUCAUUCUGGCUAUUCAACGCCCUGCUCAUGGUGGCGGACUCCACGGGGAAGCCCUCCUUCAUCACUCGAUACAGGAUCCAGGUGGACAAGAACAACCCGGUCGACCCGGAGAAGCUUCGCCAGGCAGUGAAGACGGUCCUGUUCAACCAGGUCUUCCUGUCCAUGCCCAUGGUGUGGCUGGCCUUCCUGGUGAUGAAGUGGCGUGGGGACCCCUGCGGUCCUGAGCUGCCCACCUUCCACUGGCUGCUGGCGGAGAUGGCCAUCUGUGGCCUGCUGGAGGAGGUCCUCUUCUACUACUCUCACAGGCUUUUCCACCACCCUGCCAUCUACAAGCACAUUCACAAGAAACACCACGAGUGGACAGCCCCCAUAGGAGUGGUGUCCCUCUACGCCCAUCCUGUAGAGCACGUGCUGUCCAAUAUGCUGCCUGCCCUGAUUGGUCCUGUUAUCCUGGGGUCCCACCUAGCCACCACUUCAAUGUGGUUCACCAUCGCUCUGCUGGUAACCACGGUGUCACACUGCGGGUACCACCUCCCCCUCCUGCCCUCGCCAGAGUUCCAUGACUUCCACCACCUCAAGUUUAACCAGUGCUACGGGGUCCUGGGAGUGCUGGACAGGCUGCAUGGCACCGACACCGUCUUCAAACAGACCAAGGCGUACGAGCGGCAUGUGCUGCUGCUCAGCUUGACCCCGCUGACCGACAGCAUCCCGGACGCGCCCAAGAAGCUGCAGUGACCCCUGACCCCCCCCGCUGACCCCCUGACCUCCUGCUGGAACUGGAGAAAGGCACAGACCCGGCUUCCGUCCUGGAUCUUCAUGAGCCGCCACUCCCUGUUCAUAUAAAUUCACAAAAUUUGACUAUGCUGAACAUUCAAUGCAAAACAUUUAGCUGCUUGAUUCCAAAUGAAACUGACUCGUUUUGGGGCCAUAUUUCAAUGACACAUAUUCUGAUUUGCUAACACCUCCAUGUUCAGGAAACUAAGAGGGGAAACACAAAGGUAGAAAUACUGACAAUGCCACUUGUAAUUCAUAAAGUUUUAGAAAACCAUUCGUGGAACAUUUCAUUUCUAAGUCGUAAGUGUUUUACACCAUUUGUGCUUUGUGGCCUAUCACUCUCUUCCCUUCACAACUACUAAUACCUUUAGUAUAAGGACAUGGGGAAAUGCACUGCGAAGAAGUGAUAGAUCUUAAUACAAAUUUACCAAUUUAAAUUUAUGAACAGAACAAGAUUGCAGAUUAUUGUCUUUAAAGCAGUCAAAACACAUGGUUAAUGGUUCAUUUUUAAGCAGCUUGUUUAAACAUUAAACAUUAUGAACCACAAUCAGCAGUUAAACUCUACAAAGCAAAAAUCGCCUCUUACUCCCUGAUAACAUAUUAGCAAAUGAAAGAUCUGUUAACAUGCAUUUUAUGUUUAAGACAAUGUAGAAAAGAACUUUUUGGCCUGUAAAUUUGUCCUAUUUAAU